GCCACCUUGGGCCUGGGCUGCUUCUGGGCGCCGUCCGAGGAGCUGCUCGGCGUCGAGGGCGUCGUGGACACGUGCUGCGGCUACGCGGGCGCCGUUUUCCCGGACGCGCGGCCGAGCUACGCGUCGGUCUGCGGCGGCGACGGCAACGUCGAGGCCGUCCAGGUCACGUACGACGACGCCGUCGUGUCCUACGAGGCGGUGCUCGACGCGGCAUUUGCCGCGAGCAAACCGGUACUCGGCUCGCGACAAUACGCCCCCAUCGUCUUCGCGAGCGACGGCGACGAGGCGUCGCGCGCCGCGGCGUGGGUCGGGCUGGGCGGCGUGCGCGACGACGGCCUCGAGCGGCGCCAGUUCGCCGUCGAGGAGACGGACACGUUCUGGCUCGCGGAAAGCUACCACCAGGAGUACUGGCAGAAG